UUGACUACGAUGUUGACAACCUAGACACCACAGCUGGCUAUGCUAACCAGCGGAAAAUUAUUAAGGGAAUUAUUAAUGUUGAUAUUGGUUGGCUGUGAAUCCAAGUAAAAAAUAGUAUAUGGGGGGAAGUGGAAGUCUCGUGGAUGGUGUUCGUCGCUGGUUUCAACCUUGCCAUUUGAUUCCUUCUUCUUCGAAUCAACAAAAUAAUAACAUUAUCAUCGAUCAUCAUGAUACUUCUUCGUCAUCUUCUACUACUCUAACCCUCACUCUAAAACAACCACAAGAAUCAACGGCUGAUAUUGUCGUUCAGGAUUUUUAUUUUUCUUCCUUAAGGCUUGUUAAAAUUCCUAAGAGUCAUUACUUUUCUAUUUCUUCCAUGGAUUCUCACAAAAAGCUUCGAAAGAGUGACCUGGAUCCGGAUCCACAAACUCAGCAUCGUCGGUGAAGCAAAUGGAAUUUGGGUUUGGGUUUUUUGUUGAAACCGGGUUGCAUUCAUCUCCAGUUACUCCAACCAUAUGUUUUGAAUAAGAAAAAUGGUGUUUGGCAAGAGAGAAAAUGAGAGAAAAAAAAUGGCAGCAACCAUGUGUUUUGAAGAAAAAAAGUGGUGUUUGGCAAAAGAGAAAAUGAGAGAAAAAAUUUUGUUAAAUAGAUGGCGUCAUCCAUGACGUCGUGCGCUUAUGUGGCAUGCCACAUGGGCUAUUAUGUUAACCUACAAUUUGAUUAAUGGUCAAUAUGAGUUGACCGUUAAAACUGAA